AUGAAAUCUAUUAAAUAUCUCACACAGCAUGAAGCAAUUGUAAUGGAUCAAUUAUUAAUGGGUGAUAAAUAUAAAUUUCCAACUGAAUCACUCAUGGAAUUAGCAGGUCUUAGUGUUGCAUCAAUCAUUCAAAAAGUAUAUCCAAAUAUUUCAAAAAAAGUAUUAACUAUUUGUGGUCCUGGUAAUAAUGGUGGUGAUGGUUUGGUAGCAAGUAGACAUUUAGUUCAAUUUGGUUAUGAUGUAGAAAUAUUUUAUCCAAAGAAAACCGACAAGAAAUUAUAUCAUGAUUUAGUUUGUCAAUGUAAACAUGAAGAUAUUAAAUUUUUAGGAGAAUUACCAGAUAAUUCAUUAUUAUCAAAAGAAUAUGGAUUAAUAGUAGAUUCAAUUUUUGGUUAUAGCUUCAAAGGUGAUAUUAGAGCUCCAUUCGACAAAAUUAUUGAACAACUUUCUAAAACAGAUGUCCCAAUAGCAAGUGUAGAUAUGCCUAGUGGCUGGGAUGUUGAAGCAGGUAAUAUUAAAAACCUCUUCACACCUGCUUUAUUAAUUUCUUUAGCCGCUCCAAAAAAAGGUGCUGAAUCUUUCGAGGGUAUCCAUUAUCUUGGUGGUCGUUUUCUUCCAAAAGAGUUUUUAAGAGAAACUAAUCUAACAAUACCAAAAUACAAUGGAUGUGACCAAUUUGUUAAUAUUUCAAAAAAUAACAACAAUAAUAAAAACUGA